CCCACCGAAAGAGUUCUCAUCCUUUCACUCACUUUCAUAUUUGCAAAACCCUUCCCUCUCUUUUAGGGUUGGAGUUAGGGUUUUCGAUUCAUUCUUUUUUUUUUUUUUUUUUUUUUUUUGUAGCAUUUAGAAUUUUUAAUCUUAUCGUUUUAGACGUAUUCUUUUCGAGUUCUUUAGUUUGUUGUGGAUCUCGAUCUGGGUUUAUUACCAAUGGAUACGCGCAAGAGAGGAAGGGCCGAGGUUGGAUUAAAGGCUAAUGGCGGCUUGAAGAAAAAUAAGCAAGACAUGGAGUACUUAUCAACUGGUGUAGCAAGCAAAUCGAAGCCAUGCACCAAAUUUUACAGCACUACUGGCUGCCCAUUUGGUGAAGCAUGUCAUUUCCUGCAUUAUGUCCCGGGCGGUUAUAACGCGGUUGCGCAAAUGAUGAACCUACCACCUGCUCCUCCAGCACCUAGAAAUAUGGGGGCACCCCCUCCUCCAAUGUCCAAUGGCUCAGCCACCCAGGCUGUUAAAAGUCGUAUGUGCAACAAGUAUAACUCUGCUGAAGGCUGCAAAUUUGGCGACAAGUGCCAUUUUGCUCACGCAGAAUGGGAACUUGGAAAGCCUUCAGCUCCAUCUCACGACGAUCCUCGGUCCAUGGGACAUAUUCCAAACCGUUUAGCCAGUAGGAUGGAUGCAGGUCCACCAGGCCUUGCAGCCAGCUUUGGUGCCUCUUCCACGGCAAAAAUUAGUGUAGAUGCUUCCCUGGCUGGAGCCAUUAUAGGGAAGGGUGGCAUUAAUUCCAAGCAGAUUUGUCGUCGAACAGGAGCCAAACUUUCCAUUAGGGACCAUGAAUCAGAUCCCAACCUCAGGAAUAUUGAACUCGAGGGAUCGUUCGACCAGAUUAAGGAAGCAAGCGCAAUGGUGCAGGAGCUUAUCGUGACAGUUUCGAUGGCAGGACCUCCAAAAUCGGCUACUGGAGCAACAGGCGGUACGGCUGGUCCCGCAGGUAACAAUUUUAAAACAAAACUUUGUGAUAAUUUUGCAAAAGGAUCUUGCACGUUUGGAGAGAGAUGUCAUUUUGCACACGGUGCCGCCGAAUUGCGCAAAUCUGGCGUGUGAAGAAAUCCGUUUUUCUUAUUUUCUCUUUUUACCCCCAAAUUUAGUGUUGUAGCGUAAGCCUUUGGUUCAGUUAUUUGUAUUAGAUAAAGGUAUCUAUCUUGAAUUAUGGAUGAACAGGGCAAUGCAACUCAGUGGAAAUUGACAGUUUUUAUUAUGGUUAAGAGAAAGUCAAAAUUACAGUUUUGAAGACCCCAUUCCUAUCCAA